CCGGAAACAGCUGACAGCGCGUUCCAUUGUUUGUUAUGGGUAAAACCGAAGUUACACUAUUUUAUUUAAUUUCUCUCGUACCCCAACGAGUUGUUGCAUUUUAUGAUGUGUAAAACGUUAAUCAUGAUAUAUACAUGCACAGGAAGGCAUUACAAAAUCAGUCUCUGCGUACAACCCAAUUUAAUUUCUCUAUCAUAGACCACUGUAGCCUCACUGGCUACAUUUUUGCGAGUGUGAUGUCGUAGUUGGUUGAGUCCAAGGAUGGCCGCUGCUGUGGGUAUAAACAAGCAAGGGGCCGCAAUGGAAUCAGGUACCCGCUAUGGCAGGGGUACUGCUGGGAACACGGUAAAGGUGUUAGAGUGUGGAGUCUGUGAAGACGUUUUCUCGCUCCAGGGGGAUAAGGUCCCGCGGCUGCUGCUUUGCGGGCACACCGUCUGCCAUGAUUGCCUGACACGGCUGCCGCUGCAUGGCAGGGCAGUGCGCUGCCCAUUCGACAGACAGGUCACCGAGCUGGGAGAUUCAGGUGUGUGGGGCCUGAAGAAGAAUUUUGCUUUGUUGGAGCUUUUGGAGAGGUUACAAAAUGGAGCUUCAAACCAGUCAGGCAUUGCUGAGGAUGCUCUCACUGAGAUGGGGGAGCGCAUCAUCCGCUGCGAUGAGGACGAGAGCCACACAGCGUCCAUGUAUUGCACGGUGUGUGCCACGCACCUCUGUGCCGAGUGCUCCCUGCUCACGCACUCCACGCGCACACUGGCCAAGCACCGUCGCGUGCCGCUGGAGGACAAGCCCCACGAGCGCACGCUGUGCCUGCAUCACCAGGUGCACGCCAUCGAGUUCGUCUGCCUGGAGGAUGCAUGCCUGCCGGGCCCCCUCAUGUGCUGUGUCUGCAAGGAAUACGGCAAGCACCAGGGACAUAAGCAUGCAGUGUUGGAGGCAGAGGCUAACCAGAUCCGUGCGUCCAUCCUGGACAUGGCACACUGCAUCCGCACCUUCACCGAGGAGGUGGCUGAGUACUCCCGCAAACUGGCAGGCAUCGUCCAGCAAAUAGAAGGGGGCGAGCAGGUGGUCGAGGACAGCAUUGGCCUGUCUCACACAGAACACUUAUGCCAUCAUCGCUCACUUCGUGUGGUGGUUUCCUGUCAGGUUCCUGGCACGGCUGAGAGCGCUCGCUCGUGUGUGCGGGCGUACUUCGCCGAGCUGCACGAGACCCUGUGCCGGCAGGAGGAGAUGGCUCUGAGUGUGGUGGACGCCCACGUGCGCGAGCGUCUCAUCUGGCUCCGGCAACAGCAGGAGGACAUGACCAUCCUCCUGUCCCAGGUGUCCACCGCAUGCCUGCACUGUGAGAAAACGCUGCAGCAGGAUGACUGCAGGGUGGUGUUGUCAAAGCAGGAAAUAAAUCGGCUCCUGGAGACUUUACAGAAACAGCAGCAGCAGUUCACAGAGCUGGCCGACCAUGUCCAGCUAGACGCAGGCAUCCCUGUCACCUUCACUAAGGACAACCGCGUGCACAUCGGCCCAAAGAUGGAGAUUCGUGUGGUGACUCUGGGUCUUGAUGGUGCUGGGAAGACCACCAUCCUCUUCAAGCUGAAGCAUGAUGAGUUCAUGCAGCCCAUUCCCACCAUAGGUUUUAAUGUGGAAACAGUGGAGUACAAAAACCUCAAGUUCACCAUCUGGGAUGUAGGAGGGAAGCACAAACUUCGCCCCCUGUGGAAACACUACUAUCUGAACACACAAGCGGUGGUAUUUGUGAUUGACAGCUGUCACAGAGACAGGCUGAUGGAGUCCCAUAGUGAGCUGGCCAAGCUGCUGACAGAGAAGGAACUGAGAGAUGCACUACUGCUCAUCUUUGCCAACAAACAGGACGUGGCGGGAGCCGUGUCCGUGGAGGAGAUGACUGAGCUCCUGAGCUUGCAUAAACUGUGCUGUGGGCGGAGCUGGCACAUCCAGGGCUGUGAUGCUCGCAGCGGAGUGGGGCUCCAUGAGGGCCUCGACUGGCUCUCUAGGCAGCUGGUGGCUGCCGGCGUGCUGGACGUGGCCUGAGAUACACCCCUUCAUCAGAGGUCCCUUUUCUCUGGUGACUGACUUCAGACUGGCACCCCCCCCCCCCCCCCUCCAUUCAUCCUGAUAUCCAGCUGAUAACCAUGGGAAAUCAUCCAGCCUUUACACCCUUUUUCUUGUUAACACACAAUCCCAAUAGCCACAACCAUCUUCUGUAAACAUCACAAGACCGUCAACCCAUUGAUCAUGCUCAUCAUUUCGUUUAUUCACACACUAAUACUACUCACCACCCCAAGAAACCAUAUGAAACUAAAUUAUACCCCCAAAUCCAUCCUCCUGAGUGUGUUUGGCCAAUCCAAUGUCAUUCCUCUGAUCUUCCUGGGAAACUCUAUAUGCUGAAUGAUGGAGUUUUAAUGCUACCAGUCUUGCAGGCAUCCAUGCCAUCAUAUUCAGUAGAGCAUCCUCCUAACGAGUAGAUUUGGAUGUCUAGUUAGAUAUCUACAGACCCAUAGACCAAACUCUACUGACCUGAUCCAGGCCAGGGGGAAAGGCUGAGGACACAGGAACCAAAAUGGCCUGUCAUCAUGGUUUCUUCUCAGCCAAAUCUUCCAUGCCCAGAACACGUCGCCCUCCACUGGAUCCAAUGAACUUUUUGUGCUUCGCUAGUGCUUACUCCUCAUGAUGUUGCUAAAAGUGUGUCACAUAAAGCUACCCUGUUAGCUCUGCCUUCAAACCUUCUACAUGGAAUAGAGUACUUAUUUACAUCCCUCAUAUUUCCUGUUCAAAAUGUGAACAUCAUGAGAUCUAACUCCUGGGCUGUUUUAUUGUUACUAAUUCUCAUGUAUAGUAGUACCUUUGGCUAAAUGCUGCUACUGCUAGUCUUAUUUUAGUUGGCAACCCUCCCAAAUCCUUCAGAAAACUACAUAAAUACACUUUUGUGGUCAUCCAAUUAUCACUUGAUGUCAGUUCUGUGUACUUCAGCAUAACCAGGUGUCUCUACUACGUAUAGCAGAACCUUGUAGUUCCGCUCUGUAAUUUCAGUGACCAGAAUCCAGCUCUUUGUUUCUUGUUCCUUUAUCAUAGCUUUGCCAGUGAGCUUUUGGCAUCUGUAAAGAGUGUUAUGGCUGUGCUGAAGACGAGUAUAUGAUGUGCCAGAUUAAUAGCUUUCAACAGGUGGAAAGGUCUGCUGUGCACACUUAACUAAUACGUAGUGUGUGUGCAAUUUAGACUGGGCAAAUGGUUGUAAUUCUACACUUUCUGUGACCAGGAACAUAUUCAAAAGAUUGACGUCAAAGGUGGAUUAAUUAUACAAGUGUUACUUAUGUCUUCAAUUAAUGACCUAGAAUUAAUGUGAAUUCUUAAGGCUUGUUUUUCAAAAUGGUUGUCUUCAGAUAGUUGUCGGCUUCUUCGUGCCUCAAGUGUCUGGUUUAAAGAGACAAGCUGGAGUAGUGUCUGUCAGCUUCUCAUUGCCAUACCAGCAGCAUAAUCUCUGUUUGAGCAAUGAACAGAGAAUAACUACAUAUAACACACUGCAUAUUUAAUGCCUUUGUAACAUUUUUAAUAUUAUUGAAUUUUAAGUUGUACACCUUUAACAGGUGCAGGUUACUAUUCCCAUGCAAUGUGUUAGUUGAAUUAAUGGGUUUGUUACAAAGAUGCAGGUUACUGAAAAUGCUAUUUAUGUUGUUAUGUAUGUACUAAACUGUGGUGGUACCAUAUGGGUGUGAAGAAUGCAGCUGUGGGGGUGGGGGGUAACUGAGGGGGUGGGGGGUGUAACUGAGGGUCUGGGGUAAAAUAAUCUGUAUGUUAAUUUUGCCAUGUGGAGAAGGUCAAACUUCUUCUGGAAGUUGAACACUUGUCCUUUGCGCUUGUUUCGUCCGUUUUGAGAACACACUCUGUAGUUGGUAUGGUGGGGUGUGUGGUGCAGCUGCAGCUCUUAAAGGUGUUGCUGUGAGGAGACUUGUGCUCUUAUUCCACCGCUCAGCUGUGCGGCGAUGUGUAGGUCAUGAGCAUGUGUUAAACUAGACUUUGAAACUCAGCCCAGACCCCACAGAAAGACUCUAUCUGCUUUCUUUUUCUCACAUGAGUUCUGGGAACUUAUGAAGCACAGCACACAAACACAAUUUGUUAACCUGUGAACUCCGAUGGAUUUUGUAUGACUUCCUAAGUUGUGUAAUGCUAUUAAAAAACUAGCUCACGGUGGUGAGGCGUAUUUAA